AUGGCGCUGCUUCUGCUGGGCCUGAUGCUGAGCCUGGCCUUGGCCCAGGAGUUCCACCCCGAGGAAAUUGUGGAGCAGGACUUCAACAUGGCCAGGGUCGAGGGGCCCUGGUUCUUGAUCUCCUUGGCCUCCAGCAACAUGACGAGGAUUGGCGUGGACGGGGACCUGCGCCUCUUCAUCCAGAGCAUCGAGCUCCUAAAGAACGGCAGCCUCCUGUUUAACUUCCGCUUCAUGCUGCAGAGGGAGUGUGUGUUCAUAACUGUGACCUGCGAGAAAACACAGAAGAACGGGGAGUUCUCCAUUGCCUACGAGGGGGAGAACAAGGUGCUGGUUCUGGAGACAGACUACUGGGUGUACCUCAUCCUCUACAUGCAGAACACCCGCGAUGGCACCAAGACCCAAGUGCUGGCCCUCUAUGGACGCACACCAGUGCUUGGCAGGCCCUUCCUGGACAGAUUCAAAAGAGCCUACAGCAAGUACAGGAUGAGUCCAAGAAACAGCAUCAAUUUGGCCCAGAAAGGUCCCUGCAUGUAG